CAGCGGUACUCGCUCGAAGAUGGCGGCUCGUCCGUAGUAACAUCGACAUUUAGCUUUGUGAAUAUAAUCACAAAAUUAACGUGAAUUUUAUGUGAAAAUGUGAUUCGUAUGAAUUAAAACAUAUUGUGUAGUGUUGUUAAAGUGAUUUGCAACAUGUGCCGGACAGGGAUGUGUCGUUUCGGUGUCGGGAACUGGAUAUUCUUGUUCGCCUGUCUCCAUUUGUUUACAUACGCUCAAGGCGGCGAGGACGCGCUGGACCCGGGCGUGCAGUUCAGCGUGGAGCCGGGCGACGCGGUGGUGUCGCCGGGUGAGGCCACACUGCUGGCGUGCUCGGCCGCCUCCAGCCGAGCGCUGCGUCUGCACUGGAGACACAGCGCCACCGCGCCGCCUACACGGGACCAUGCCAUCUCUGAUAGCGAUAAAUAUAGGAAGCAGUUGUCGAACGGUUCGCUGUGGAUAUCGGAGAUGUCAGCGCCACUGGCGGGGCACUACCAGUGCGUGGCCAGCGCCGACGGGGUCGGCACCAUACUGUCCAGGGUGGCCGUCGUAUUCCUAGCGGAAGUACCAGAGGUAGUAGGCGGUCCGCGGUCGGUGCUGGGCGCGGCGGGGGGCGCGGCGCUCCUGCCGUGCGGGGUGCGCGCCCCCGCGCGGCUGGCGCUGCGCCUGCUGGCCGCGCCCCCCGACCGCCGCGUGUACGGCGCCGCCAGGCUGCACGCCGCGCCGCCCGUACUCAACCUCAACGUGACCUGGCUAAAGAACGGGUCUCCAGUUCGCCUGGAGAGCUCGCGCAUGUCUCUGACUCCGAGCGGCGCGCUGGAGCUGGAGCCGCUGCGGCACCACGACGCGGGCAGAUACUCCUGCAGGGUCGCGCUGGCCAAUGCACCGCACAUAUACAAGACGAGCGAGGAGACGGAGCUGCGUGUGAGUGCGGAGACUCCCAACGUCGAGUUCCCGCCGAGGUUCAUCGCCACGCCGCAACCUGUCACCGUCAUGGAAGGCGCGUCGGUGACGUUCGACUGCGCGGCGGUGGGGAACCCCAAGCCGGAGAUCACGUGGCUCAACAACGGAGCGGCCAUUGACCUCAGCGACCUGGACUCGCGCUUCUACCUGGUGGGGUCGGGGUCGCUGCGCGUGCAGACGGCGCGCGCGCUGGACGCGGGCGCCUACACGUGCCGCGCGCACUCGCGCCUCGACUCGGCCGACAGCUCGGCGCAGCUGCACGUGCUGGCGCCGCCGCGGGCCGCCGUGCGGCCGGCCGCGCGGGUGCGGCCGGCCGCGCGGGCGGCGCGCGCGCGCGGUGACGUCACGCUGCGCUGCGACGUGCGCGGCCGCCCGCCGCCCGCCGUGCUCUGGCUCAAGGACGGGGACCCGCUCACUCCCAAUAACCACGACAUCGCGCUUGUUGAUGGGUCGUCGCUGCGCAUCCAGGGCGUGCUCCGCGUGGACGCGGGCAUGUUCCAGUGCGCGGCCUCGUCCCGCGCCGGCUCCGCGCUCGCCGCCGUCCGCCUACUGGUGCUGCCGCCCGACGACGAGAUGCGCAACAUAACAGUAGAGGUACCGAGCACUCCCAACGACGCACUCCCGACCCUCACAGCAUCCACACAAGUACCCGAGGACGAGGACUUUUUGGGAGAAACCUCAUCAGCAUACACAGCGCCGCCACUGGAGUACUCGGAACUGGAUGAGUACGACGAUAGUGACGUCACUGACGAUGACGAUUCGUUUCAUGCUGCGCAAGGCCUGGACCUGGAGCAGCUGCGAGCUGGCAACAGCUCGGGCGCGGCGCCGCGGGAGCUGCGCGCCGUCAUAGUGAAGCAUCGCUUCGUCACGCUGAGCUGGCAACCGCCGCAACCCGACGACGACGUCACCGGGUACGCCGUGCUCUACAAGGUCAAGGGCAGCGACAGAGAGCGCGUGUGGCGCGGGGCGGCGGGGCGGCACGAGAUGAACGUGGCGGCCCUGCAGCCCAACACCACGUACUCCUUCGCCGUCCUGGCCUACACCGCGCGGGGCACCUCGCCGCUCUCCGACACGAUAGAAGUGGUAACAGCAGAGGAGGAAGUAUCCCACGGGCCCCCGGUGGACUUACGAGCGGAGGCGACAGGGCCGCACUCACUGCGUGUGUCGUGGGGCCCGCCCAUAGGAGCCCCGCCACCUACCAAGUACUCCGUGCAUUAUACAGAAGAGGAGAGUGGUCGCGAGCAGUUAGAGUGGGUGGAGGCGGGCGCGGGGCGCGGCGUGACGCAGGCCGUGACACUGGGCGCGCUGCGGGCCGCCGCCAUCCGCGUGUGCGCCAUCAACGCGAACGGCUCGGGUCCGUUCAGCGAGUGGGUGUCGGCCGCCACGCAGCGCCACGACCUCGACGAGACCAGCGUGCCGCCCGCGCCGCCGCCGCUCACCACGCGCGCGGGGCGCGACUGGAUCAGCGUGUGGUGGGGCGCGGCGCAGGGCGGCGUGCUGGUGCGCGGGCUGGUGCUGGGCUGGGGGCUCGGCGUGCCCGACGACGCCGCGCGCGAGCUGCCGCCGCAUCUGCACUCGCACGUCAUCCGCGGACUCGAAUCAAACGCAGAGUACGUGAUCUCCCUCCGCGCGAGCAACUCCCGCGGCCUGGGCCCCGCAGUGUACGCCACGGUGAGGACCAAACCUCCCGCCGACGACGAGGACGAACCGGAGGACGAGGACGAAGAGGAUGAGGACGAGGAGGACGAACCACCCCCGCUUAUACCCCCCGUGGGGGUUAAGGUGAUAAUGCUGAGCGGCAGUACGGCGGUGGUGUACUGGACGGACCCGACGCUGGCCAAGGGCCAGACGGCGACGGACGGCCGCCGCUACGUCGUGCGCUGGGCCAGCGCCGGCGGCAGGGCGCGCUCCUUCAACGCCACCGACCUCAACUGUAUGCUCGACGACCUCAAACCGUACACCACCUACGAGUUCGCCGUCAAACUUAUCAAGGGAGGUCGCGAGUCAGCAUGGUCGAUGUUAGUGUCUAACACCACUCUAGAGACGUCCCCCGGCUCCCCCCCGCGCGAGUUGCGCGUGUCCCCCGCCGCUCCCCCCGCGUCCCCCGCCCGCGCCGUAGACCUCGCCUGGCAGCCGCCCGCCAAACCCAACGGGGUCAUUACUGGUUACGUGAUAAUGUACGCGGUAUCGGGCGCGUCCCCGCAGUGGACGGCGGUGGCGGCCCCCGGGGAUCGGCCCCGCGCCAGGGUGGAGAGACUGCGCCCCCGCACCAACUAUCUAUUCAAGCUACAGGCACGGAACUCCAAGGGGCUCGGCCCCUUCUGUGCGCCUGUAGCGUACACCACGGGGGCCGAGGCGGGGUCCGGCGGGGGCCUGGCCAGCGCCACGUCGGCCUGGCUGUGGGCCAGCGCCGGCGGGGCCGUGGCCGUGCUGGGGCUGGCGGCCGCGCUGGCCCUGUCUCUGUGCUGCCGGAGGACCACGCCCCCCCUGUCCCCCGACACGUCGACGUACCAGAAGUCGUCCGCGUCGGCCGCCAUCAAGCCGCCGGACCUGUGGAUCCACCACGACCAGAUGGAGCUCAAACACAUGGACAAGUCGCUGCACAGCUCCGCUAGUAAGAUAUCGGCGGGCAGCGUGGAGGGCGGCGCGCUGAUGUCGUCGACGCUGACGCUGGGCCGCGCCCCCCCCGCGGAGUACGAGCCCGCGCGCCACCCCCCGCCCCCCGCCUCGCUCGACCGCCGCCACCACGUGCCCACCUACGUCGAGUCGCGCUCGGUGUCGGCGGCCAGCGACGACACGUGCGUGGCGCGGCGCUGCGACGCCUGCGACCGCUGCGACCGCUGCGACGCCUGCGACCGAUGCGACUAUAUGCCCAGACCGAUGACGGGUAUGGGCGUGGGCGUGGGCGUGGGCGGCGUGGGUGGCGUGGGCUGUGCGUCGACGUGCGAGCGUCGCCCGCACGCGCGCAUGCCGCAUCCAGACCAGGUACGAAGCACGCCCCUGCUGGCGGGCGUGGCCCCGCUGGGCUCCCCGCAGUCGUCGCUGGGCUCGCUGGCGCACGGACACCCGCAACAUCCGCCGCCCGCGCCCUGUGGGUCUGGUACAUGUCCACUGGGCGCUGCCUGCGCGGGUCCAGCGCUGGGCGUGGGCGUGGGAGUGGGAGUGGGCGACAUAUACGCGUCCGCGGCGCGUGAGCGUGGACACUACGUCGCGUACGAACCGCUCGGACAUUAUACACACCGCGACUCGCUAAGCAGCGAGACAGGCCCGGGCAGCGGGGGCCCGGGCGCGGGUGGCGGCCCGGGGCUGGGCCCCGGCGGCGGGUCCCUGCAGCGGCGCGGGGCGGGCGGGGCCGCGCUGCACAGCUUCACGCUGAGCGACAACGCGAGCGACACGUCCACACCGCCGCACUCCCGCGCCAGCGUCCGCGACACGUCGCCCUACAAGAAGAGCGCCAGCUCCUCGCCCGGACACAUACCCAACAGACUCCAGCUCGGUGAGACUAUGUUACUAGGUCCCGCGACACGUCGCCCUACAAGAAGAGCGCCAGCUCCUCGCCCGGACACAUACCCAACAGACUCCAGCUCGGUGAGACUAUGUGUCCCGCGACACGUCGCCCUACAAGAAGAGCGCCAGCUCCUCGCCCGGACACAUACCCAACAGACUCCAGCUCGGUCCCGCGACACGUCGCCCUACAAGAAGAGCGCCAGCUCCUCGCCCGGACACAUACCCAACAGACUCCAGCUCGGUGAGACUAUGUUACUAGGUCCCGCGACACGUCGCCCUACAAGAAGAGCGCCAGCUCCUCGCCCGGACACAUACCCAACAGACUCCAGCUCGGUCCCGCGACACGUCGCCCUACAAGAAGAGCGCCAGCUCCUCGCCCGGACACAUACCCAACAGACUCCAGCUCGGUCCCGCGACACGUCGCCCUACAAGAAGAGCGCCAGCUCCUCGCCCGGACACAUACCCAACAGACUCCAGCUCGGUGAGACUAUGUUACUAGGUCCCGCGCACAGCUUCACGCUGAGCGACAACGCGAGCGACACGUCCACACCGCCGCACUCCCGCGCCAGCGUCCGCGACACGUCGCCCUACAAGAAGAGCGACUAUGUUACUAGGUCCCGCGACACGUCGCCCUACAAGAAGAGCGCCAGCUCCUCGCCCGGACACAUACCCAACAGACUCCAGCUCGGUGGUACAGUCCCGCACUGCGCGGACGAGCUGGAGCCGCUGACUCCGUCGCGGUCCACGGAGAGACUCCACCGGGAGAUGCAGAACCUGGAGGGACUCAUGAAGGACCUCUCCGCCAUCACGCAGCAACAGUUCCACUGCUAGCAUGACACUAUAUCAUUAUAUUGUACUCCAGCAUUUCAUUCGAUUCAGUAAACUGACGUAAAGUAAUGUUAAAAUCGGUUCAGUCAAUCGUGAGAUAAUUGCUGACAAACAUGCCUACAUAAAAAAUGACGUCAUGUUGAUAACAUGUUUAAAAUACACUUUUCGAGAGUACUCGACUAAUUUCAAGUCAUACCGGGGCUUAUAACAAUGAACGAGUCAUUUUUUUUCGUCAUUUUCUACAUUGUAACAGUCAUAGUGACUGUAUUUUGCUGAAUCGAAUGUGAAGUUGCUUGUAUACAAACAGACAGACUACAAACAUUUCGUUGUACCGACAUUUGUGACAUAAUCCUAGCUUUAUUAUUUUAGAUCAGUUUGUACUAACUCCUUGUCUAUGACACUACUCAUUUAUUACAAUACAAUGAAAAUAUAACGUUGUCUGAAAACGUAGAACAAGCAACGCAUUAGUAACUCCUCUAGUGUCCCGGGUGUCAAUGGACGGCGAUUGCUUGCCAUUGUGUGAUCCGUCUGCUCGUUUCAUAAAAAGCUAGCAAUUGAACGAUUAAUGCAUUUGACGAAAAUAAUUCAACGUUUCAUAUGGGACAUGUUGACCAACGAACAGGCCAUGGACACCCAUAACACUGGAGGAGUUAUUAGUGCGUUGCCAGCCUUUUGGAGAUUAGGAAUUUGAGAGUGGAGUUUCUUGCUCAUUCUUCUCCAUAGGAAUCUA